AAUUAGUCAACCUUCUGGCCGACCUUUGUUACCAUGUUGCUUCGACUAAUUUAUAUCACUGCCUUCUUCAACAUUGCGCUGGGCUACGUGCAGGAGCUGUCAUUAUUUACAGAAAUUGGCUUAGAAGGAAAUGAGUUCAUCUUCCGAAGUAAGGAGCCCGAUAUUACGGCAUAUUCGGCCUUGUUGCGGGAUGUAAAGUCGUUAUGCUACAAAGGACAUUGGAAAGGUUAUAGUGCAACGAACUAUACAAGUGAUCUUACAUUCACAUACACUUCCGUUUCUGGAACGCAAGUUUGCCUAAAUAGAACAAUUCCUGAAACCCUGUCUUUCCGACAUCACGGACCCUCGGACCCAACAGCACCAAGUGUUUCAAUUUACAGCGGAGUACCAGGUAACGCACAUGGCGGGAUGGAGCGAACUUUUACUGGAUUAGCGGCCAACAAUUUUGACUUUGUUCCAACUGCCCUGAUUCUUACGGGAAGAUCGAGUUGGACUGGAUUUUUCAAUAAUGAUUUUUCCGGAAACUCGACAUGUUACUCAACCGCAGAGUUGAUUGGAUGGGUUUAUAUGUACGGAAAUGUGGUCAGGUCCAUAGUCCAAGGAUGUAAUCCGAUUCAUGAAAGCGAUUAUUUUGAUGUUGAUAAGUCUUUGUGAACAUGUUUAAGUUGUCGAAUUGUGUAAUAUUUAGAUUAAAAUUAUUAUGUAUUAAACCAUGGUAAUAAAUGUUAUCUUGCUAUUUGAAUAAAUUUAAAAUGAUACUAAUUUCCCUAUAA